GACGUCGUCGAUGACGUCGAUCCCUUGGUUUGAAAAUCGGUACUAUAUAAUCCGUUCAUCUCAUCCCCAGGUGGCACCUUAGUUCAUCUUAUUGAACAAUGUGGAUCGGACACGUAGCUCCAGGUCUGGUGGCCAAGGUGUUCGCACCAGGAGUUCCCCUGUGGCUGCUCACUUUAGCAGGAUUCCUUCCAGAUACCACCUUCUCCAUACUCAACUUGUUCGGCAUAGAGCGCUUUCAAGCGCAUGAAGAAACUGCACGACGUGGGGGGUGCUUCCCGUAUGCUACCGAUUAUCCCUACAGUCACUCCCUUGUCGGAAUAGCAGCCACAGGUGUUGCUUUGACUGCCGCAUAUAUACUGCUGUUGGAUCGUAGAGUGAAAGCCAAGGAAGUAGCUGCCGUAUUCAGUGUGACCUUCAGCCAUUUCUUCCUCGAACUUCCGUCGCACAGACCCGGCAUCAAGCUUUACCCCCCGGAGCAGAGCGCGCACGGCGUUGGUCUGCUAGAUCACGCUGUCGCACAUUUUAUCGUUGAGAGCGCGAUUUUCCUCUGGGCACUGUGGUUCUACACGACCUACGCGCCUCUUGCAACAAAAAUAGGCUACAAACGUGCUGGACAGGGAUCACGCCUCUGGUUGGUUAUCUCUCUUCUCUUAUUCCAGCAGGCACAGUUCUGUUUCGGAAGGGUACCCACCGAUGAAGUUCGAUGGACUCAUGCACCGCUUCACCUUUCUCAGAUUCUGGUUGACAGUUUGCUAAUGAGCAGGCUGGAAUCCUGAAGAUGGCGUGCACAGAUCUCGCAGCAAGUCAGUGGAAGAGCCUCCUUCGUGUUCAAGUGUUUUGCAUCCUAGACUGAUAUGUAUGAGUAGCUAGCUGGUGGUGCUACUUCGUGUUUACCAAAAUAUAUUGUCAGCCACAUGUGCGAGAACCUAGGGGGACCUAUAAAGAUGGCACACUCAUUUGAUGAUCAAAAACCACCUCGUCUCCCACUGUACGCGGUUCAGAUCUCCGAUGGCCCCAACAAGGGCAAGAAAGCAAGGUAAUUACGGAGAACAACUGGAAGGAAAAAAGACGAGAACGUGAGAUACUUGGCAGUGCCAGAUGGCAUGGACAUGAGAGUCUGGGUGUUGGUUUAUGUAAUC